CGUUAUUAUUCAUUACCAGGGGCUGAAACAAUGAUGAAACCUUCUGUUAUAUUCCGUUUUUACGUGGUGAAAAACUGCAUAUGGAGAAGAGCAUAUGAAGCACUCAAGUUCAACCAUGAAGGAUUCCUUGAUAACUAUAUCCGCCGUAUAUUGAAUUUCACUUCAUCCAUCAAAGGAUCUCUGAAAGGUACAUUGGAAAAUAAGAAAAAAUACCUCGAGAAAAACAUUCACCAACAUAUCUUUGAUUCCUACACACCUAAAGAGGGGAUCAUACACGAAGUGUAUUUUUUUGAGUGUUUCAAAGAAACCGAGAAAAAGGAAAAUUGUGCAGCUCCAAAAAAAUGGGACGAGAAAUCUCAGAAUGUAGCAGCUUACCCCGUGUGGACGAUAAAAAGAUCCAAAUAUUAUAGUGUACCACAGACUAAAAAUGUGACUGAAGUAGUUCCUGAGCGACAAGUCGAAGAAAAGGAGCAUCAGGGAGAUUCUGAAUCCUUGAAACUGGAAGAUGAUUCUUUGGAGGAUGUGGUUGAACCAAUCAAGGACAACGAAAGUCAAAUGCAAGUAUCCCAAGUGAGCGUACUUAGCAUGGAAUUGCCAAGAGAAGUGGAAUCAGACGCUGAAGCAGAUAAUGUCCCAAAAAAGAAAGAGAUAAGAAGAAAAGUCUCGUUCAGAGACGAGGUCGACAUUUCCGGUUUUGAACGGAAUAAUUCAGAAGAUCGAAAUCUGGACACCGAGGAGUACAAGAACUAUCCAGAAUCGGCAGAAUGCGACCAAAACUUCUACGAAGACGUCAAUUAUACAUUGGAAAAAUCUCCCUCACUGGACUUGCAAGAAGACGCGAAACAGUUGACGUCAAGAAUUUCUGAUCUGUUGAUGACGGAUUCCCUGAUGCAGAUGGCUGAGGUGAUACCUAACGCAACCGAAAAACUGAAAUCGUCAAUGAAGAAAACAUCUGUCAAAAAUUUGAAUCUGACCGAAUCCGCAAGAGAGGUCUUGGCCAAACUGUCUAGAUCUUUCGUGGACGAAGGGUAUACGAAAACCUCUGGGAUAAUAUCGAUAGAUUUUGUGCCUCAGUUUUACGACCAAGAAGGCAAUCCGAUUACUGAAAUUCGUAACUUCGAUGGCGACGUACUGUUUAAGUUAUACAAUAAAAACGUAGAUGAACUAAAUUCUGUCCUUUUCGAUUCUGAAGGUGUGUUCCUCAAGAACAGAUACGAUGCUAAUGGCAAACGAAUCAAAGCUGUGUACGAUGUAGAUGGCAGAAUAAUCAGACGUAUAUCACAGAUCAACGAUGAUAUUAAAAGUAUCCAAACAGAUUUGGAGAACGUUGAAUAUUACGAUUAUAAAGGUAAACCUAUACAAAAGUUGUACGAUUCUUCUGGCUAUGAGAUCAAAACAGUGGGUAAAGAUUUAACCUCAAAAAUUUUCGACGCGGAUGGUACACUUCACAAGAACAUUUAUACAAGAAAAGGAAGAAGAAUUGAUGCUGUCUUCGACUCUCACGGACGUCUUAUAGGAAAGACUUCGAACAGUCAGUUGGAACCAGUUGUGAGGAGCGAGAUAAGGGUAGCAAAAAUGGACGGUGAUUCCUUGAAUAAAUUAUUCGAGGGCGACAACAAACCUUCUAAGAUUGAGAAAAACGAUAAUGAUAAUCCCCAUAAGAGGGAGAGAUCUCCGAAGAGGUUGUUCGACCAGGAAGGAAAUCCCCUCAUUGGUGUGUACGACAAGAAGGGGAAACCCAUCAAACUAACAUCGUCAGGAGAAGCCGAUGAACUUCUACCUUUCCUAUUUGACGAUAAAGGAAAACUGCAAAGUAAACGAUUCGAUUCCAAAGGAAAAGAACUGAAAGCGGUGUUUGGGGAAGAUGGUAAGGCUAUCAGCGAGAUGUCCAUAGCUUGGUUGAAUGAACUCUUGGCGAACAGUAAGCUCGACAGUCCGAAAACUAAAAAGAAAGGAUCGUUCUUCAAAAGGAAUACCAAAUCUAAAACAAGACCGCAAAGGUUGUGCGAUAUCGAAAAGCUGUACGAUUCAAAAGGAAAAGUCAUCACCAGCAUAUUCGAUUCAAAAGGAAAACCAUUAGUAGUAUCCACAUCUGGCGAUGCAAAUAAAUUGAUUCCAUUCUUAUUUGACAGUGACGGAAAAUUCGUCAGAAAAUCAUACGACUCAGAGAAGCGUAGGCUGAGAUGUGUAUAUGGAAAAGACGGAAAUGUAAUAAACUCAAUUUCAGUCACUUACUUGCAAAGAAUCGUAACGAAAUUGGAUAAGGAUCAAAAUGAGUUGAAUGAAGAUAAUAAUCAGCAGAAGCAAGACGAGGAAAAUGUGAGCUCUCUCAAAGUUUCCGAAGAAAAGGUUGAAAAUGAGGAAGUUAAAUCAAGCCAUAGUCUCGAUUGUUUCGAAAAAGUUCCCGACCAACUUUUCGACCAAGACGGUGAUGUUUUGACCGAAAUUUUUGAUAGUGAAGGUAACGCGUUAGCAGCCUCAUCUUCAGGAAACGCGUGGAAAUUGCUGCCUCAUUUGUUCGACCACAAAGGACAGUUCCUGAAGAACCGUUUCGAUAAGAAGAAAAGAGAAUUGAAAGCCGUUUACAAUAAAGAAGGUGACAAUUUAAACGACGAUCUUUCAUCCGUGAUAAAAGUAACAGUGGCUAAAUCUUCCGCUGAUAAAGAAGAUUCUGACAAAAAACCUGAGGAAGAGAAACCGGGAAACGAGGUAGAAAUGAAAAAGGAUUGCGAAUACAACAAGAGUGGGUUGAACGAUGGUGUUCAAAAUGAACAAAAAGAGUCAAACACGAAACUGAUCAAAACAGUUUCUUUUAUUUCCUCAACAGAGACACCUUCCAAGAUAAAUGCAACGAGAAAAAAGUCGUCGAAUCCAGAACAAGUUGAGCUGGUAAAACAGAAAGGGAAACACGAUAGGAAACAACUUAAACCAACCACUUCCAUCACGGAAAAGCAAAGUAUCAACCAGAAGUUUGACAAAACUGAGGUGCCGUUAAAGGCAGGUGAAUCCAUCUAUAGAUUUUAUGACGAAAGGGGAAACGCAAUCACGGAAGUUUAUGAUUCCAAAGGGCGAAAAUUGAUCAGAACGAGAUCAGAGGAUGUGGAGCUGUUGUCCAAGUAUCUUUUCGACAAAAAAGGAUUCUUGUUCGAGAACAUUUAUGAUCGAAAAGGAAGGAGAAUAACGAACAUUUUCGACGACCAGAGGAGAAAUAUAAGCAGAAUUUCGAUACCAUCUGUUAUUUCAGGGGACAAUAUUUUGAGUAGGCAGCACGAAAAGAACGAAAAGAUACCAGGAAGUGUCUACGAUAAGAAUGGAAAUUUGGUCAAGAAAAUCUUUGACAAAAAAGGACACCCUCUUAUGAUAACGAAGCUUGCUAAGUUGGAGGAUUUGGCUCCUAUCAUUUUUGAUGAGAAAGGGGUCAGAAGGAGAAUAUUUGAUAAAUCAGGGAACGAGAUAGGAUCCGUCUAUGACUAUAAAGGAAACGAGCUAAAAAGAUUUUCAACAUCAAAGAAACCGAAGUCUGCGUCUGACUGCAGGGAAACGAGGAUAUUCAGCAAAUCUGGAAGACCUCUUCGUAACUUCUACGAUUCUGAAGGUACCCUUAUAAUUGCCUUGUACAACGACUAUGGUAAAACGUUGUGCAGUGUCAGGAAAGGAGUCGAUAAUGUCGAGAAAUUGUCGAAAUUCUUCUUCGACAAGGAAGGACAGUUUCUACGAGGUAGGUUCUACAACUUCAGAGGACAAAUGAUCAAACACGUCUACGAUUCCGAUAAUAACAUCGUUCGGAGUAUAAAGAAAACGGCUUCUAGAAAGAUUGCCCAUUACAAAUAUUCCAAUCGCGAUGGGGAAAAAAAUCACAGGAAGCAUACUAACAAAAUGAAUCCAAGGGACCAAACAUCCAAGCACAAACAGAGAAACUAUCACGGAAAGAGUGAAGUUCGGCCUGUCGAAAACGUGACAGGUACCUUCUCUUCACAAUCUGAUACCAUACUCAACCCAGCAACUCCUUUGGUACAACGUUCGAUGUCAGCUUAUUCUUUGAGAGAUUACCCUAAACGCAAAGAGAUCAGGGCUCAAAGUGCAGCUUCCUCCACUUCCCUAACCAAUAUGUCGAUCAAGAAGUUCUACGACGAACACGGAAGACUUCUGACAGGAGUAUACAACUCCAAGACUAGACUCCUGGGGUACUCCGCCAGUGGCAAUGCCAGGGUCUUAGCCCCCUACCUGUUCGACACGAAGGGAAAUUUCAUUUCGGGUAGGUUCAACUUGGACAGGAAGCCCCUGAAAAAUAUUUACGAUUCUAGCGGUAAACUGGUCGAGAAAAUAUCCAAGCCCAUUCUGAACAAGACCAAGGAGGCGACGAAAGCGUCGAAAAAAUCGAGAGGGUUCAAGUUUCACGAUCUGAACGGCGAUGAGAUCACCAGCGUCUACGAUCUUCGUGGUGAGAAGAUUCUCGAUGUCACGGGAAGUUGCGAGAAAAUCGCUAAUUUGUUCGACAAGAAUGGAAAUUUCAAGAGGAAUUUGUACAACUAUAGAGGCUCCGAAUUGAAAGUUUACGGAGUUUGUCAGGAGAGUGUUAGGAGAGGGUCAUCCAUGGAGGACGAUAUUGAUCAAAAGGAAGACGAGAAACGAUCCAAGGGCCGGUUUUCCGUUCUGAGCAGUUUCAAAGACAAAAUUCUGACCGUGAUUUUCGAUAACCAACACAGACUAUCUCAUAGACUUUCUCCGCAAUCGUUAAAGAAAAAAGCACGCCAGUACAUGGAGGGUGAAAGGGGUAAACUCCAAGGCAUACCGAAGAGAAAAUCAAAUUUAUACGAUAAAAAUCUGAAUUUGAUAAAAGAUAUCUACGAUGACCGUGGGAAAAUCAUAAGAAAACUUUACAAUUCGGAUGGUGAAGUCAUCGAAGAACUUUACUCUGUUUCCGGCACUCUGGUGAAAAACAACGUGCUCAAGCAUAUGUUCGAGGAAGACGUAUUCACCCCCAAGGUUUUCAAUUCAGAGGGCAACUUGAUAUCCACAAUUUACGCGAAUAGGAAGGUCUUGAAGAAAGUGUUCGAUGAGCAUGGCGGGCCAGCGAAAGUCGAUUCAGAUUUGAUUUAUCUGGUCAGCGAUCGUUCACUUCCGGAUGAUGCCAGUCCAGAGACCUCGAAAUCGGAGACGAAGCAAGUGAACUAUUUCUCCGAAGGUAGCUCAUAUCCUUUUCCAGAAGGACAAAACCAAAAUAGACAAAUCAAAAAUCAACAGUUAAUAGAAGAACGAGAUUAUGAAGCUGAAAUGGAAGUCGCCUUCAAUAGAUAUUCAAGAAGGAGAACCGACAAUUGCAUCUGCGAACAUUGUCAAAAAAUGGGUAGGAACAGAAAUAAUAUCGUUCAGUUUGGGGAGAAUAUCUUGAGUAGACUGAGUAGGUUCACUCUUCCUUUGAGCAAAUUUUUAUCUGGGAAUUUUUUGAGAAGAUACGAUUCCGACGAAUUUGACGGCGAUAUUGACAGCCUGGAGACCCUCAUUGAUCAGGCGAGGAAAUCGAAUGCUCGUGAAGGAACCGAAGACUCGGAUAAGGAAUAUUAUAGUAGAAGUUCAAGUGUUAUGCUCGAGAGCGACGAGAAUGUUACGAUAUCGAGAAAAAUGAUCGAGAAAACCCUCAGAAAUUGCGUCCAUCUGAACAGCAGCACGAAAGUUCUUGGCAAAGUUUCUGAUACGGUACUUCAGCAUUUUACUAAUCUGAUUUUGCAAGAUAUCGAGCAGAAAUUUUAUCACAAGCUGAAUGUUUUGCAGUGUGGAGGGAGUCGCGAAGAUUCCUGUCAAGCCUUCACGUGCGAUGGUGAAAAUGAUAUUUGCGUUGGAACAGAAUUGAAAUUCGAAGAUUCUCUUAUCGGCAGACAUAUUUCCGCUCAAACCACAGAAUUUCCAACCUGUCCGGGAAGGUGCCGUAUUUGCGGAAGUUCCAUGGAGUGUCUGACCCAGAAUUUGGAUCCAUACGGAUGUUUCAAUGAGAACUCUAUCGGAUGGGAUAGCGUCAAUAACAAAGCGUUUGUAUGUAAAGUGCCCAACCUUCAGCCUUUCAUAAUGACGAUGAAAACGAAGAUCGAAGCUUUCGAGAAGAAUGUCGAAGGAAAGUAGAAUCUUCUCGGGAACCCUACGAUUUACUCUGUUCAUUUUAAGUGUUUAUUUUCGACUACAUCAAUGUCUUGGCCGAGAAGAAAAGAAGUUGAAUCUAUGUCUGUAAUAUUUUUGUUAUACUCUCUCAUCAAAUAAAAUAUUUGUUUCAAUAAAUGA